AUGGCAACUGUUGUAUAUCAAGGUUUUCAAUCUCAUUUUGAGUCUCAACACUUUGAGCCAAGAACUCUAAGACUCAGACUCUCUUCUCCUAACAAUCCUCACUUAACCACAGUCCCUCUCAAAUCCCAUUUCAUAGACUCACCCAUCACUCCACCAGACACCACUACUACCGUUAAUGCAGCAUCCUUGUCCUCAUCAGAUCCCAACGCGGGCUCUAACUCCGGAAGCUGGAGCAUCCUCGAGUCCCUCUCAAACUCAAGCUCUGAUAAUGAUAAAGAGAAGAAGACGCUAUUACCAUACAUUCAACCUCCAUCUUCUCGUAGAACUCUCAGCGAUGAAAGCUUAGCAUUGUGCACUGAAAGCCUAGGGAGCGAGACGGGCUCUGAUGUCAUUGACGAUCUUGAGUUCCUCUCAGGUUCGUCCGAGUUACAAACCAUGGAAACUAGAAUGUCGACGACACCAAGAUCAUCACGAGAAGAUAGGAAGAGGAAUGCCAUCGCUUCACUUCCACCUCCUUUGACAAGUAUGAGAGGUUUUAAUUCCAUUCAAGUCAAGUCCCACCGUGAAGAUGGAAGAUUGGUAAUGACGGCCACGACACCUCCUCCCCGCAAUCGAUGCUUACAGGACCGAAGUAAUGGCUGCGUCCGACUCGCUAUCUUGAUUGAUUCUGAUGACCACAUAGAGACAGAGACCAAAAAAGAAGAAGAAGAAACGAUCGAGAUAGAGAGAGAUAACGAAGAAGAGAAUCAAGAAUACGAGGAAGAAGAUGAAGAAAAACAAGAAAUCGAAGUGAUGGCUGUUGAGAGAAGUCAAAUAUCAUCAAGAAGAUGUGUUCAAGGGGAUCGAGAAAACAGAGGAUUUCUAAAUUGGGAAUCUUUAUGUGUUGCCACUUCCUAA